UCAUCUGCUUCUUCAGUCGUCACUUCCGGUCACUUCACUCACUCCAACAACAAUCAUAAUGGCGGCGGCCGACGGAGAAACGAACCACGGAUCAGGCAAACUGGAGUUUUCUCUGGACGUUCCCUUCCCGUCGUCUCGUGAGGCCGUCAUCGCUCUGCGCUCCCUGUCGCCGGACCGAGAGCCGAGGAAAGGCGGCAUCAGCAAACAUCUGACGGUGUCGGGCAGCACGCUGUCUGUGAGGUGGAGCGCCGACGAAGCUCGAAUCCUCCGCGUGUCCGUGACCUCGUUUCUGGAUCACCUGUCGCUUGUUAUGGAGACCAUGGAGAUGUUCGGGUCACCUGCUCCGCAGUGAAACAAGACGAAGGAUUCAGGACCGAAGCUUCCGAUCCUCGGUGAUGGUUCAGGUGCGACGCCUGGAAGAAACACAGGUUGAAACUGUGAGGAUUGAAAAAGGACAUUUGAGCAACUGGCAGCUGUUUUAAACCGUGAAUUGUUCAGGCGGUUUUUAUUUUAACUUUUUGUUUAAAAGUAAAAGACAGUUUCUAGUGCCUGAAAAAUCAGAAAGACGUUAUCUGUACAGCAGGAUGUUUGCUGGUCGAUGGAUUUAAAUGUGUGUACUGUACAGCAUUUUCUUAAAGAGUGACACAAUGAAUAUUUAGAUUUUUGACAAUAAACCUAAUUUCAAAGAUUUGCAA